AGCCAAAUAUGGAAGAAGCAGGAUUUUAACCAAAGAAGUAAAAAAAAAUUUAACCAAAAUUUAUUCAUCAAUUAUGUUAACUCUUCCAAGCUGGUUUUCUUCAAAGAAUUGUUUAACUUUAUUUUGGGUUACUCUGCAGCCAGAGACACCUACUUUUUCAAGACUCAAUCUUAAAUCUGGAGAGCUUGCUAACCCUUGUACCAAGUUCACGAACUCGUCGAAGUUGUUCUUCCAAUCACUUCUAGCCGAGUCUCCUGAUUUGUAUAAAUCUAUUCCCUGGAUUUGGCAAUUCUUCAGAGCCUUUGACAAAUCAGGAACACUUGGGAUAGAUAGCCUGCAAUAUGCCAAUUUCAAAGUUCUCACAUGCUUGCAAGCUGCCACUAGCCUCUUGAGUUGGGGCAGGCCGAUGCUGUAAUAUCCAAAGGAAACUUGUCGAACGACUUUGGAGAUAUCUUUGGCCACUGGAUCAAAAACUGAGAGCCUUAAUUUUAUUUGGGAAUG